UGAUGUUUUGGUUUUGUUUUUUUUUUUCAUUGCUAAGUUUAUAGAGUUCUCUUUAGAGCUCUAUUUUUAUUGGAAUGGAUAACUACCCUAUAUAACAUUAGGGGUGACCUGUGCGAUGUACGGAAAAUUAUUUUUAAAUUGAAAAUUUAAUUUUGAGUCUUAAUACUUCAUGUGUAGAAAAUUUUAGCAAUUGAAAACUAAAUACAAAUAAAUUUUAAAUGAGGUCAAUAUUAAUUUUAAAAACACGUAAGAUUGAGACUGUAUUGAGAAUGUCUAUAUAUAGUGGAGAAUUCUCUAAUACACAUCUAUAUAUCAUAUGCACCCUUAAUUAUACAAUUUAUUUAUUUAUUUAGUCAUGACAUUAUUUUAAAAUAUUUGGUUGUACUUCAUAUAAUGAUUGGUUAUGAAUUUUUUUUUUAUAGUCUUUCCCAUAUAUAAUAUAAACGAGAUAUAUUAUUUUGCUUGGUUGUUUGGUAUUUCAAAUGAUUUUAAGAGUAUCAAAUACAUACAUAUCUUAUGUAUAGUAAUACCUAUGUAGUCUACCCAAUUUGUAUAGUUUCCCCAUCCAUAAAAAACGAAGGAGAAAUUAUAAAAAAAAAAAAACCCUUAUAGAUCCCUUUAACAAAAUAAAUUUUAAAAUUUUAAUAUAUUCUGUUAAUGUCUAAAAGGUGCAUGGUUUAACGUUUAUAUUGUUUAGCAAAUAUCCUUAAUACAUUAUUUCAUAUUAGAAGUUGUAUAGUUACUGUAUGCUACUAUUUGAUAUUUCAUCAGAUAUGGAUAAUCAUGUUGGAGGUGCAGGAGAUUCCCCUGGAAUUGGUGGAGGUUCCCCCAUUAUUGGGGCAACAGAUAUGGAUAAUCAUGUUGGAGGUGCAGGAGAUUCCCCUGGAAUUGGUGGAGGUUCCCCCAUUAUUGGGGCAACAGAUAUGGAUAAUCAUGUUGGAGGUGCAGGAGAUUCCCCUGGAAUUGGUGGAGGUUUCCCCAUUAUUGGGGCAACAGAUAUGGAUAAUCAUGUUGGAGGUGCAGGAGAUUCCCCUGGAAUUGGUGGAGGUUCCCCCAUUAUUGGGGCAACAGAUAUGGAUAAUCAUGUUGGAGGUGCAGGAGAUUCCCCUGGAAUUGGUGGAGGUUCCCCCAUUAUUGGGGCAACAGAUAUGGAUAAUCAUGUUGGAGGUGCAGGAGAUUCCCCUGGAAUUGGUGGAGGUUUCCCCAUUAUUGGGGCAACAGAUAUGGAUAAUCAUGUUGGAGGUGCAGGAGAUUCCCCUGGAAUUGGUGGAGGUUCCCCCAUUAUUGGGGCAACAGAUAUGGAUAAUCAUGUUGGAGGUGCAGGAGAUUCCCCUGGAAUUGGUGGAGGUUUCCCCAUUAUUGGGGCAACAGAUAUGGAUAAUCAUGUUGGAGGUGCCAGAGAUUCCCCUGGAAUUGGUGGAUGUUCCCCCAUUAUUGGGAAGUUGUAUAGUUACUAUAUGGUACUAUUUGAUAUUUCAUCUGAUAUGGAUAAUCAUGUUGGAGGUGCAGGAGAUUCCCCUGGAAUUGGUGGAGGUUCCCCCAUUAUUGGGGCAACAGAUAUGGAUAAUCAUGUUGGAGGUGCAGGAGAUUCCCCUGGCAUUGGUGGAGGUUCCCUCAUUAUUGGGGCAACGGAUAUGGAUAAUCAUGUUGGAGGUGCAGGAGAUUCCCCUGGAAUUGUUGGAGGUUCCCCCAUUAUUGGGGCAACAGGGAUGUGA